AUGAAAUCAAAUAUAUCAUCACCAGUUAUACAAUCCAAGAAAUUAUUUCAAUCACAUCUGUCAAUUUAUGAAGCUUUAAAUAAUCCAGAUUUAAAUCGAUCAAUUACUCCAGAUUUUAGUGAAUGGCAAGAAGCCAGUAAAAUACCAUCAAUUAUAUCCCUAUCUGAAGAUGAAGAAGAAGAACUAAGACAACAACAAAGUGAGUUAUUACCAUCAUUUGAACAAAGCCAAACUCUUACAUUUGAUAAAAUUACAAUUUUAUCACCAAUUGAAAUUAAUUCAAGUACAUUAUUUGAAAUUUCAAAGUAUGUUCAGUUUGAAAUAAAUCCAGAUAUAGUUAGCACUGAAUUAGUAUUUGUUAUAAAUAAUGGAACAAAAAUAGAUAAAAUUGAAGGAAAUAAAAAAGUGAUUAUUGUGAAUUUGAUCGGUACUAACUAUUUUAAUAAUUUAUUUACAUUAAUUAAUGAUAACGUACCACCGUAUCAAAUUUGGAAAAUUAAAGAAAUGGAAGAAUUAAAGGACAAAAUGGCUAUAUUUAUCAAUGAAAAGGAAACUGAAAUUUCAUUUGAUUAUAAAUUAAUUGAAUUAAAAUAUUUAAAUGAUUUACAAAAUAUAAUGAUUCAACCAGAUCCAUUAAAUUUGAAUAACUAUGUCAAGAAUUUUAUUUCAUUUUGUGUUGGUGUUAUAUUUGGAUUAGGUAUUGGUGGAAUUACUUAUUGUUUAAAUAAAAAUGAAAAAUUAAUGAUUCAAGAAAUGGAAAUGGAAAUGAAGGAUAGUGGUACUAAUCUUAGUGAAGUUUUAUUUGAUUUAUCUAUGAAAUUAAUUGAUUCAAUCAAAUCUGGUUUAAAUAAAUUUAUGAUUUUAAUUAAGUAA